GGCUGAGCUCUGUAAAAGAUGCCCACAUUUAAAGGGGCCGCGAGCAACAAGAACAGCACCUAGAAAAACUGGUCUUAAUGAACGGUAGGAGGACACUGGCUGACCAAGACUCAGCUGACAAUAUUUUUCUGUGAAUAAUCUGAUGACUAUAUUCUAAAUCUUUUAUCUGCCUGCCUGAGGAACCCUUCUGCUAGACAAAUUGUGCAUCAAAAUGGAAGUCGAGGGGGAUUGCAUCGGAAGUCAGGCAUCUUCUAACCAAGAUACUCAAACAGCUGUUUCCUCAGAACCUGAAGUUAACCCAACUAAACAGCUCAGAUCAAAGAGAGACUUGGGUCUUCGAGAAAAGACUGCUUUGCUUGAAGUUGAAUGUAAAGCAGAACUUUGUACUGAAGAUGCUUCACUGGCAGUUGGCACAGAGGAACCUACUCUUCCAAAAAGUACAGUUACUGCUUCAGAUAAAAGCAAUACACUACUCAAUAAUUCAGAAAACCUUUACUCAGAGGACUCUCGGACUGCUGAUACAAGUGAGAAAUCUAACAGUUUGCCUCCAGGAGAAAAAGAAAAAAGUAGUUUAGUGUCCUCUGGGUCUGUACCACCUGUUAAGACAGAACCAGAGCUGAAUUCACGUGUGUUGAGAAGUGGAAGGACAUCUAUGUCUUCUUUGCCCUCUGCAAAGGAACAGGAAAGCUUACCUUUGGAGAAAGAAAAGGUGUUUAAAUGCAAGGAGGAAGUGACUGAAGAAAUGGAAAUUGAUGGCCCAACAUUCAGUCUAGAUAAUGGUGAAGACCAGGACAGUGAGUCUGAUAUUGCCACUAGAAGAUCAAGCAGCAGUAGUCAACAGCAUGAUGAGGAGUCCACAAAGACAGCACCAAAACUUUCUUCAGAUAAUGACAGUGAGAAGCAGACUGAUCAAAGCAUAACACCAUCUGGAGAAAUUAAAAAGGAAGAAGUUGUGCAGGAGUAUAGAAGAGCUGAAAGACUUCGCAGAACAGAAAGUGUUAAAACUGAUGCUACUGGUGCUGCAAAAUAUGCUGAGAGUAUUCCUCUCUCUGAUGAAGACUCGGAUGCCAUGGUAGAUGACCCCAAAGAUGAAGAUUUCAUUCCAUGUCGACCGAGGCGGUCAACUAGGAUGAGCAUGCGUGCACCAACACUUCCACGUCCUCCCCGUGCUCCUAUGCCCAAGAUGAUGUGUGCUAGCUGCCGAACACCACUACAGAAGGGGCAGACAGCGUAUCAGAGGAAGGGUCUACCACAACUGUUCUGCUCCUCAGCGUGCCUGACCACUUACGCCAAAAAGUCUGUCUCAUCUGCUGCAACUCCACCACCUAAGAAGUUCUGCAAUUUUUGUAAAAAAGAGCUGGUCAAUAAAGACUCUCUAACAACUCAGAGUGGGUCCAGUGGCAUAUUUAAAGAAUACUGCAGCUCAACAUGUCUGUCCCUUUAUGAGGCGCAGAUGCAAAAAAACACGGAUACAACUACAGAGACAACAGUGGUGACAGAUACUACAACGGCAACGAAUACAGCAGCAACAGCUCCCCAACCAGCAGCAGCAGCAACUACGACAGAUGAAUCAGAUAAGGCCAGAUGUACAGUGUGCCAUAAAUCAGGGGAGAUUCAGCAUGAAGUCAGCAAUGGCACCUUGGUGCAUCGAAUCUGCAGCGAUGAUUGUUUUACCAAAUUCAGAGCCACUAAGGGUCUUAAAACGAACUGUUGUGACAACUGUGGUAUCUACAUCUACAACAAAGGCCUUCCACUAGAGUACCUAUAUCACGAGGGGCAGCAGAAGCGCUUCUGUAACUCGAACUGUCUGAACAUUUACAAAAAGAAAAAUACUAAAGUAUACCCAUGCAUGUGGUGCAAAACACUUUGCAAGAACUUUGAAAUGCUGUCCAGUGUUGAUAAAAGUGGCAAGACUGGUCUUUUCUGCUCCAUCUGCUGCAUCACAUCACACAAGGUCAAGCAAUCAGGACCUGUAGAUCAAACCAGACCUUGCAGCUUCUGUAGGCGGAGUCUGUCUCAGCCAGUGUACUACAACAAGACCGACAGAGUUGUUUAUCAGUUCUGUAGCCCAAGAUGCUGGACUAAGUUCCAGCAGUCAAGUCCAGAGGGUGGAAUCCACCUCAACUGCCACUACUGCCAGAACAUUUUCAGCGGGAAACCUGAAAUCCUGGAUUGGCAGGAUAAGAUUUAUCAGUUCUGCUGCCGGCAGUGCUGUGAAGAUUACAAGCGUCUUAGCAGUAUAGUGUCUGUCUGUGAGUACUGCAAACAGGAGAAGCUACUACAUGAGAAGAUCAAGUUUUCGGGUGUAGAGAAGAAUUUCUGUAGUGAAGGCUGUGUACUCUUGUAUAAACAAGACUUCACCAAGAAUCUUGGUCUGUGUUGCAUCACUUGCACAUACUGCUCUCAGACUUGCCAACGUGCUGUCACCGAGGAGUUAGAUGGCAACACCUGGGACUUCUGCUGUGAGGACUGCAAGAGCAAAUAUUUACUCUGGUACUUCAAGGCAGCCAGAUGCCAUGCUUGCAAGCGCCAAGGGAAGCUGCUGGAAACAAUUCACUGGCGUGGAGAGAUAAAGCACUUUUGCAACCAGCAAUGUCUGUUACGUUUCUACAAUCAACAGAACCAGCCCAACCUGGAUACUCAGAAGGGUCCUGAGAGCCUCUUAAAUAGUCAGACACCAGAAUCCAAACCAGCUCCAGCUACACCACAGAAAUUGGAAUCCAGUGUGCCAACUGCAAAGAGCCCAACAGGAACAGCAGCAGCAGCCACUCAGUCUCCGGGAUCUCCUCCACCUUCUUCCUCACCUCCAGCAACUGUCCGCAAGAACAAGGCUGCCAUGUGCAAACCUCUUAUGCAGAACCGGGGGGUGUCCUGCAGAACAGAGUCAAAAAUGAAGGGGUGUCAGACGGAGGAGGAGUGGAAGCCUCAGGUGAUCGUGCUGCCUGUUCCUGUACCAAUUUUUGUUCCUGUACCUAUGCAGAUGUACACUCAGAAAACACCAGUGCCUUUGGCAAUGCCUGUCCCAGUUCCUAUUCCUAUGUUUCUGCCCACCACAUUGGAGAGUGCUGAUAAGAUUGUGGACACCAUUGAGGAACUUAAGGUAAAAAUACCUUCAAACCCACUAGAAGCAGACAUCUUGGCUAUGGCAGAGAUGAUUGCAGAAGCAGAGGAGAUGGAGAAGGCUUCAUCUGAUCUGUGUGAUCUAGCCAGCAAUCAGAGUGCAGAUGGUCUGUUGGAAGACUGUGACUUGUUUGGACCUGCAAGGGAUGAUGUCCUGGCAAUGGCUGUGAAGAUGGCUAACGUUUUAGAAGAACCAGGACAAGACCUAGAAGCAGACUUCCCAAAAAAUCCCUUAGACCUGAACACCAAUGUCGAUUUUCUGUUCGACUAUGGCUUGGAUGCUCCUGAUGAUGUGUCAGCAGAACAUGAAAUGCCAAGAGCCAUUAAAAAGAGUCACAAGAGAGUGGCAGUAUCAGAAAGCUGUUCACGGGACUCUUUAAGCAGCCAGCCACCCUGUACAAGUCUACAUUAUACAUAUGGGGUCAACGCCUGGAAACACUGGGUCCAAACAAAGCACUCUGGAGAAGUGGCUGACAAAAGUGAUGAACUUAAAUUUGGACCCAAACCAAUGCGGAUAAAAGAAGAUAUUUUAUCAUGUACUGCAGCAGAACUAAAUUAUGGGCUUGCACAGUUUGUAAAGGAAAUAACACGACCAAAUGGAGAGCGAUAUGAACCAGAUAGCAUUUAUUAUCUGUGUCUGGGUAUUCAACAGUACUUACUAGAGAACAAUCGAAUGGUUAAUAUUUUUACAGACCUUUACUACCUAACCUUUGUGCAGGAGUUAAACAAGGUUCUUAGUGGUUGGCAGCCCUCAGUGUUACAAAACGGUAUGAUAUUCUCCCGGGUGGAGGAAGAACACUUGUGGGAGUGCAAACAGCUUGGAGUCUACUCACCAUUUGUCUUGCUCAACACCCUUAUGUUUUUCAACACCAAGUACUUUGGGAUACGCAGUAUAGAGGAACACAUGCAACUCUCUUUCAGCAGUGUAGUCCGACAAUCUAGGAAAUGUACAACACCACGAGGAACCACCAAAGUUGUCAGUAUUCGAUAUUGUCCUCCUGUACGGCAUAAAAAGAGCAAAGAGAUUUCUCCGGGUAAGAGGAAGCGAGAAGAUGAUGUAGCACCAGUUUUAGAACAGCGAGAAAAUCGAAUGAAUCCACUGAGAUGUCCUGUCAAAUUUUAUGAGUUUUACCUGUCAAAAUGCCCAGAUAGUAUGCGGAACAGGAGUGACGUUUUCUACCUGCAGCCAGAACGUUCGUGCAUUGCUGAAAGCCCGCUUUGGUACUCUGUCAUCCCCAUAGAUCGAGCCAUGUUGGAAGGCAUGCUGAAUCGUAUCUUGGCAGUGCGAGAGAUCUACGAAGAUCAUGUUCACAGUGGAGUUGAGGACGACAUGGACUGAUGGAGGCAUAGCAGUGUGCCUGUCAAUCUUUGCACAGCCCAUUCCCAUCCAUAAGUGGCUGGACUCUGAAGUCAGUUAACAGCUCCGUGACUAGUGCUGCAGGAUAAAGACUGAUUAAAAGGGUCCUUCACAGUGAUACUCCCCACUUACACACUUGGGGGCGGGAUGGUGGGUGGGGUGGGGCGAACAGUCUAAAUCAAGGGUUUCAAUGAAAUUCUUUUUUAAAGCUAUCAUCUUAGACAUAGAUGGAUAAUCGAUCAGUUGUUACCAUUGCUAACUGCAUUGAGCAGUUUGACGAGGUGUAUGUAAGACUGUUUGUAAUGAGGAUUACAAAAACUCACUUUUCUUGUGGGGAUGAACUGCCUAUUCUGGAGUCCAAACUCCAGUAGCUCCCCGCAACCUGCUGCUUCCCCCCCCCCCAGUCCAGAUGUUAGGCUUCUCAGACUCCAUCGUUCACUGGAAGCAAUGUGGUCAUGAAGCAAGAGUGCAUGCAGUAUAGGAGAGGGGUAAGUUAUACACCCCAGUGCUUGAGACAGCAGUGCUGUACCAGUUUUUCUCUUCCAAAGGAAAGUGCAAGAAGGAGAGCGUAGUAUAAGUUUGUGUUUUCACAAUGUGCCCCAGUGAGUAUUAAUUUUUGGCAGUAAUUAUUUUUUAUAUUCUUACUUUAUCCACUCAUUGGAUGACAUCAUUUGAUCAGAUGUCCCUGGUGUUUCAUUCUGGUAUCCCAUUACUUGCUUUUUCUUAAAUUGCAAUUUGUGAGUUUUGCACAGGUGUGCCAGAAUCUUCAUCUGGUAUGUAUGCAAUUAACUGUACUUAAAACACGAAGAUCUGAUGUUAAAAUACACCAGAACCUGUUUUUAAAGUAAAGUUUUAUUUUUUUUUUUUUGGAAACAGGCUAUCUUCUUCCCUAAAUUCCUGAAUUUUGAAAUACUCCCUUUAAGUACAAAAUCCAUCUAGACAGAGAGGAGACGGCCUCCUCCAAAACAGAUUGACAUUAUUUCCCUACAGCUCCAUAGAGCUUUGAUUCACUAACCAGAAAUUUGUACCACAGUGUAGUUUGACAGGUAAUGGAAUUAUUCAUAAUAUGACAUCAUCUCUUCAUGGUUCUGUACAAUCAUACUUGCAAGUUCUUGAAAAUGUGCACCUGUACAAUACUGUAUUGGUCUCAUAGUUGUCCAUUGACUGGGCAUAAAGGAGUUACUUGCCGGUAAGAACUGCAUAUUCAAGUUCUGUUUUGGCUUUAGCCACUUUUACCCCUGGAAGGAAUUGUAUAUUGGACUGGCUAGGUCAGAAAAUGACUACACUGUUAACAUGCAGUCUCCUCAAGGACCAUUUGAAGCUUGGUUUAAGAAAACUCAAGUUAAAUUCAGACUGUCACAAUUGCAUUUCCAGCGCCCUGCCUGAAUGUGUGUCAAGAAGACGCUAGCUGCAUUUUGAGCUAUUGUCCAAAGGGGCAAGCCAGCAAGGUGGGGGAGCAAAGGUUAGUUACUGAAGUGUGUUCUUUUUUUAUAAAUAUAUAAAUAUAUAUAUAUAUGAAAAUAAAAGGGUUUCACCUCA